AUGCGGACCACAUUCGCCCUCUCUCGAGCUGUAUCCCUCGCCCCCGCCCGUACAAUUUCUCGUACACGAUUAUCCCGUCCUUUACCCAUGCUCAGCUUCUCGAUACGAUUUAACUCCACACAACAACCUCGUACGGAUGAGGAGAAGGCGGCACGACAGGCGGCACUGGCCGCGCGAGACAAGCUGCAAAGUGAUUGGAGGAUUCCGGUCAUUCCCUAUGAGGUCGUAAAGCAGAAGUCCCAGCAACCCAGCACGAACGAAUUUUUGAUCGACGUUCGGGAACCGGAUGAAGUCAUCCAGGGUUCUAUACCUUCUUCUGUCAACCUUCCCCUAUCCGAACUCGCAGCUUCGUUGAAGCUCGGCUCCUUCAAGUUCGAGCAGAAAUAUGGAUUCAAGAAGCCCACGGAGGAUCAAGAAAUUAUAUUUUACUGCCGUAGCGGUAAACGGAGUGCCACCGCGAGCGAUGUCGCGAAGCGGAACGGGUACAAAAACAUCAACAACUAUGAAGGAUCGUGGCUUGACUGGGUCAAGCGAGAGGGAACGCCGUCGGCUUGAGACACUCACUGGCCAUGUAUUGGAGGGGAGGUCUUCGCGCUGUAAUGCAUUUUCGUCGGGAUAGGUUGUAUACUCGUGGCUGCUCUUCCGCAAAGCUGAGACGGAUAUCAC